CGUCAAUAUUUUCGAUUGUCGAAAUGUCGUUUAGUAGGCUAUGUUAGUAGUAGGGCAAAUUUUAACCAUGCAAUAUUUUUUCUGCUGAGGGCGAUUAAGCCUUUAAGUGCGUCGUUUCGUCUCACAUUGCCAUGUUGAUUUAUGUUAAGUGGCCGCAUUGAAAAGCGGACUUUAGAGAGCCAGGUAGUCAAAACUCAUGAAAACUUUAAUAUCGAAAAAAAGCAAAACAGAACAAAUCUUCCAAUCCAAAUAAAAGGGAGCUCUGAGCCCCAUUAGAGCUAAAAGUUCAGUUACGAAGAGGCGGAUGAAAUCUCAGUUGUGAGAAACUACAUCUGCACGCGUACCUCAGUGAAGUGAUAUUAGUACAGGCUCAGUUGUGUUGCUGGUAGCUGCUGACUCUCGGUUCUAAAGUGAAAUCGACAAGUGACAUUAAAAAGGUUUUUGACACCUUCGUGCUUAAAAUGAGUGUCUUCAGAAGGUGCGGUUGCCUAUUAAUUUUAUGGACCAUGAUUGCAGGCCUAUUGGAUGCCAAUUACCGGCCCCCAACACAUGGUGCCAUGUUCAAGGUCAAGGAUCAAACGCCUUUUUCAUCGAAGCGACUAACGGGCGAACGGGACAUCUCGUUUGGUUUUCGUACUUCAACAAAAUUCGGUCGGGAGAUGUCACCUUUCAUCAAAAUGGAUGGCCGGAAAAUUCUUCCAUUGAGGUUGCUCAAGAGAUUUGGUCGAGGCAGGAGGAUUCAAUGAAGUCCGCCUUAGAACGAAUUAUUAAGCCUGUUUUUCCUAGAUUGAUUCGCACAGGAAGUGAAGCGGACAUCUCCCCUGAAUGUCAGGCCGCUAUGCUAAAAAUGAUACUUGGCGUGCGUUCACUGAAAACAUGGGCGCUUCAUAUGGUGGACGCAUCGGGAAAGCUUCCCAACGGGCUCUUUUCUGGAACAGCAGCUACCCUGGGGCAUUUUGAGCAGUGUUUAGCCGUUUCUGUGGGCGAUGAAGACGAUGGUGGAUUCAGGGGCAAGUAUUGCUACGUGAAAACGGCAGCGCCAAAUCUCCCACGGCCAACCUAUAACUCGUCGGAAAUCGUUGAGGACAGUGAGUCUAUUCUGAAUUGGUUUUAUCGAAAUGCAUAUUGGAUCCAGCAGUUUGGUUCGCGCCUCGGUGUUUGCGUGCCCUCGCACUGUACAAAUGAGGAUAUCAGCAAAAUGACUAACUACGCGUUCUCAUCUAUCAACGGCGCAGCAAAAGUGCUAGACUGCUAUGUGGACGAAGGUUGGACGUUUGAUGGACUACAGAAGGUCGUAAUUUGUUGCGUGGGGCUUAUGUUGGCCUUUUGCUUGACAUGUACAAUCUACGAACUUUUCUCUACAACCAACAAGUCUUCUAGGACCCACCUUCUUCUGCUUAAUUUCUCUGCGAUACAAAAUUCCGGAAAGAUAUUUAAGAUGAGCUCGUCAAAACGGAACAUUCGUUGUCUGUAUGGCAUACGAACAAUCUCGUGUGGGUGGAUCGUUCUUGGACAUAUUUACUUCAUGACAGACCUCGAUUCAUUUGCAAGAUUCGCCAGUCUUCGCAAACUGGAAGACUUGUUCAGCAGCUUUCUAUUCACAGUCGUUGAGAAUUUUUCACUUCCUGUUGACACGUUUUUUGCUAUUACUGGGCUCCUGUUGAUAUGGACAUCGCGAGAUGACGAAUUAAAACCGUUCUCAUACAGGUCCUGGGCAUCACAGGUCUUCCGCAGGAUUUACAGAAUUUAUCCAUGUUACCUGCUGCUACAUGGGCUCUACAUUUUGAUGCCAGCUUUCGGACAGGGUCCUAUGUGGAACGAGGUAUUCUCAAAUAUCCGUCGAAACGUCUAUGAAACAAGUUGGACAAACUUAAUAUUCGUAAAUAACUUUGUGCAGUGGAGUGACAACCUUAUGCUCCACUCAUGGUUCAUAGCUGUCAAUAUGCAGCUCUUCAUAGUAGGAGUGCCAUUAGCACAUGCCUUGCGGCGUCGUCCGCGUCUAACGAGCGUCAUCAUGGCAAUGGCGUCAUUGCUCGGGUGCGUCGUCGUUUGCAUCACACUUGCUGUGAAUGAAUAUCCACCUGCUAUGCUUAUGAUGACCGCACAAUAUGACAAAGCGGUAAAUUUCAUCAGCUAUGUCUAUUAUAUGCCGUAUACACACCUUGGACCUUUCUGUAUGGGAAUGCUUCUAGGCUAUCUACUCACCGAAGGAUACUCUCCAAAAUUAAACACAGUUCAAAUAUUGCUGGGUAAUAUCUCAGCACUUCUUCUGAUGGCAGUCUCUGUAUUCGGAGCAUAUCCAUUUCGUGCAGGAUGGCCAAUCGACUACAAAUGGAUUGUGCUAUAUGGAGGCUUUCAUCGAAUUGUUUGGACUGCCGGGGUAUGCUGGUUUAUCCUAACAUCUGUAACAGGCCAAGGUGGAAUAAUUUCAGCGUUUUUGUCUGCUGACCUCUUUCAGCCGUUUUCAGUGCUUUCUUUUACAGUUUACCUCCUUCACCCUGCGCUUAUUAUUGUCUACGUCGCUCUGACAAAAGAAAUUCAGCAACUCGACCACUUCUAUAUGACUGUCUUGUUUCUGGGAAUAUGGACGUUGUCACAUAUGGCCGCCUACGUAAUGUGCACAAUCGCAGAAUUGCCUUUUGCGGGACUUGAAAAACUACUAAGGGAAAAACCUAUGAACAACCUUAAGAUAAGCACCAACAAGAAGCAGAAAGAAUCGAGGCGAAAGGAUCUUGUUUGCAUAGACGGCGUCGCUAGCAAUUUCGAGGGUGUCAUGGGUCAGUGCGAGCACGAAAGCGUCGGUAAGGUUUCACAUUCUAUUUUUCGGAUUAUAGAGCAGCCUACUAAGACAUUUUUCAUCGGUCAAGAUCAACACAGAUUGAAUCGCCCACAUGAACAUUAUUAUACAAAACCGACCAUCUGUGGAGGUCUCCAGCCACCUCAAAUGACGUCCGGCAAGCUGGAUUCGAAGACGUUUGCUAAAUAUAAGUUUUAAAAUGUAUGUCGUUAUGCUACUGAGAACUGUAAAUUAUGUAUAAAAGAAUUCUCAAUUUGACUUGCUAUCUUACGCCGCAGAGUGACCGUCGUGUGAACGGGAUAGGUGCUUGCAUAUUGUGUACAGAAUAUACAUAUAGAGUAAGUAGAUUGGGUUAUAUGGAUUAAAAUUUGCUUAACGCUGUUCUUUGAAAACAGACGAUAUCACGUCAGAAAAACAAAUUAUACUAGUUUAUCUAAAACUUUCCUACGAUCUGGCUCAAAUGGCCGGACUACAAUUCUUAUCUUUAAGAUCGAAUGAUUUUUUAAGAAAAUAUCAGUUAAAUGCACUUAUGUCUUUAGUCCAUAUAGCCCCACGAGGUAUGGCUAUUUGGACCAAAGGUGGGGCAAUAUGAGUCACUAAUAAACUAAGUUAAAGAAGCCGAUUAUUUGACAACCUGGGUAGGAAAACUCUUUUUUUUCUUCGAAAGGCCAAUGAUAAUGGCGCUGGGAUCAUGAAUUAUUUAUAACCAAGGAAGGUAGGUCAAAGAUUACUGUUCGUCUUCCAUAAGUCUAUAUGAGUAUUUUGUUGCGCAGUCUGAAAUCGGGUCCCUAAUCCUUUAACGAACUGCAUUGUGUUUGAGAAGUACGAUCAACAGUAGCAAUGUGCGUACUGCUUUACAAAACCAACUUGAUGUAUUGAAUCCUGUAAAACUGUCAUGUUUACAUGACAGAAUAUGUGUUACAUGUCAGAAUAAAUAAUUACCCAUAGUAAAUUCUGAUCCAUGAUGGUGAUCGUCCGCAGUGUCGGCAAUAUUGUUUUGUGCCAAUGACAUUCUAAGAAAGUCGUCAAAAUAGCUUUCAAAAGAAACGACACGUAGUAAAGCAAAUGUGAAGAUAUGAUAGGCAAAACUAGUAGAAAAAUUGUCUGGUUAUUUUCCUUUUUAUCAUUUGACAAAGAUUCGGAAAAAAGCAGAAAUACAUAGCCGUUCCACAUAACCUUACUUUUUUAAAAUUUGGACAAGAGAGAAAACCCGCCUUUCGCUAUAUAUACUUUAUACACUACAAUGUUAGUAGUAACGUGGAAUUUAAAUAGCUCCCAUGCGUACCGUUUUUAAAAAGCGAUGAAGACACCUCAGAAAAAGUGUUAAAUCUGUAAAAAAAAAACGUCAUCAUUAAUUGGUUGGAGCAGUUUCGACGAAAUUUUGUCCUGUAACUGAAAUCAAGACAUUAACUUAUACCAACGUGAGGUUAUGCAACUUGAAUAAUUCAGUAUAAUUGAGGCCCCUGUAAACAGAAAUCCCUAUGUUGGAAAUACGCUAGGAGUCAGGAAUAACAAUAUAACAAACGAACCUGACACCACGAAAGACUGCUGGAAAGAAGAACACUUUAUAAUGUAAAAUUUGGUAAAAUCUAGAAAAACGGUAUAUAUAUAUAUGCAUAUAUAUAAAUAUAUAUAUCAGGACUCUCAUGAACGAAGAUAGCGAUAGGUCGUACGCCCAGAUAAUUGUUGAAAAACUUUUAAUAAAACCAGAUCUACUUUGUGUAAUAUAUCAGUGCAUUCCAGGUGCAUUUUUUACAUGAAAGUGCAAGGAAAAUACAAAUUACAGCAGCACCGUGGUCUACAAUUAUCGCGCACCCAUUGGUGAUAUGACCUUUGUGGUAGCUGACAUCUUGGUCAGGAUCAAAACAAAAAUUAAAACAAUACAUGGUCACUUGUUUUUUCGUUAAAUAGAACAACGUCCAGUUGUUUGAGCUUUUACGUACUCAUGCGCUGUGAAUUUAGUGUCCUCUGGUAACAGUGUUAAAAAGGAACACUAAUUACGUAAGCUCCUCCUUUAGGGCAUGCAAAAAUAUAUCGAAAACAAUAAUUGUGAUAUGACUAGAUAUUUCCAAAUA